CCACUCACCUUACCCAUGAGCACUAAUUGGUAAGUAACCCUUCAUUCUUCGAAACGGAACCCUGAAUCAGUGUAAUUCCGAUGACGUGCCAUUGGCUAGCCAACCGAGGCUUUGGCAUGUCGGAAUGGCCAGUACAUGUCAGAUGGGCCUUGAGCAGCAGCAGGCUUUGAUCGAGAACAAAACAAGGCAGCGAGCGGCAUAGUGGAAUGAUUAGCCUGCAGCGAUCGACUUCGCCAAGCAGUGGCAUUAUCCUCCGUCUGCCCCUGGCCUCAAUUUCAACGACAUCUCUCGAACACGCCCGGUUCAUAACUGGAGCAGACAAUGCUGGUUGCACGUUUGCCAAAUAGGGUUGUGUGCGGAGGGUUGCUUCAACAACGGGGAACGCGAACAUAUGCCUAAGAACCAAGACGUGACGGCCCUGCAAAGCAACGCUCUUAUGGACAGCCAUCAUGUCAUCCCAGGGUGCCGGCCGAGGAGCCAGGAGAUGUCCUAUCUCACCACAUGGGCCGUCGAGUAUGGAUGGUGGUUUCAGUUUCGCAUGAAUCCCGCACAUCCCGGUCAACUUCCGCGCCGAACAGCUGCGAUCGGUUCCCCAUUAUUAGACUUUCUACUGUCGUACGGCAAACCAGAGAAAUCCUCGACGUAGCCGCCUUUCAUCGCAUCUCUUUUCCCGACUUCAGAUGAUGGAUCUUGCUAUUCCUCUUCGGUAUCAACCGACGACAUCGACUCCAUUACUCGGCGAAUCCUGCUGACGGACUCUGGAUGCAGUAUGGGGGACUGACAUGCCACCAGUGUCACCCCGGAAUUUCGGCAUCACGACGAGGGCGUUCCUGGGGACAGGGGUCUCAUACCCGACUGACAGUGUUUCGGGAGCCAAGCAUACGGCCAUCUCGGCCGCCUCCCGCUCCCUAAGGGACAGUGUCCGGGAAAAAGCCUUUGUUUUGCGGGAGACGUGAAUGAUCGACUGUCGCAGGUCGCCUAUGGAUGGAUACGCCGUUCUGAGAGGCAGCCUUUACAGCGGUUCCUUGGGCGAAAAGUCAAACGAUGCUGCCUCUGGUGGUUACGUCAAGCCCCUGUGUCAAUGAUUCGGGAAGUGGGAUUUCAGUCUCUCUGUUGCGAUUCGCCAUUGCGUAGUUAGUGAUGCGACUCGCGGCGGAGCAUUCGAGCAUUUCGAAACCGUUUCCUAGGUCGAUCUAUGCGUUACCUCAGUGGGAAGCGAACUUGGCGAAAGCUUGGUUUGCUUAUUUCUCCGGGGCCCUCCGCACUCCCAGGCCGUUUGUUUGGGUUCCUUGGUUGUCCGAGUAUUGUCGUCCUUCGAGUCUUAUUGUGUUUUGUAGAGCUCCGUGAGCUUUCCUCCUGGUUCCAUUCCUUCGCCGGGACAUUCCCUUCUCUGGGUGACCAUGCGGUUCACCAACUCAGCUGCGGUCGCAGCAGUUAUUCCCUUCGCGGCCCGUCUGGUGGAUGCGGCGCCAUCAAAAAUGGAAAUCGCUACCCUGGGCGGUGCGGCCUUUCGAAUCGAGCAGGUUCCCAACCCUGAUUUCUACUACGGGUCGCGACGAGGGCCCAUCGCUUUGGCCAGAGCCUACUCUAAGUUCGGACAGCAGAUCCCGGACGAUCUUCUCUCCCUUAUCGACCAGAUUCUCGACGACCUCGGGCUUUUGAAGGGGGGUAAAGGUGUACACAAGGGAGGUAAAGGGAAAGGAAAAGGGAAGGGCAAAGGAGGCAAAGGAGGCAAAGGAGGCAAAGGAGGCAAAGGAGGCAAAGGGGGUCAAGAUGUGGGAGCUGGAGGCUCGAAAGGCAACGGUACGGCCGCGGCACCCGGGGGAGGUGGAGGAAGUGAGGGAAAUGGCACGAAGACCCCUCCCAGUGGGGAGGUCGCGGCGAUCCCAGCCGAGUUCGACAGCCAGUAUCUCUGUCCCGUGCAGAUCGGCACCCCGCCUCAGACGCUGAACCUCAACUUCGACACCGGGUCGUCGGACCUUUGGGUUUUCAGCAGCGAGACGCCCAUAACCCAGGUGGCCGGGCAAGCCAUAUACAACAUCAGCGCCAGCUCGAGCGCCAAGAACUUGCAGGGGGCGUCGUGGUCCAUUUCCUACGGGGACGGUAGCUCGUCGCGAGGCAACGUCUACAUGGACACCGUCACCAUUGGAGGCGUGACCGUCGAGAAUCAGGCCGUUGAGUCGGCGAACCAGGUAUCGGCGUCCUUCUCGAGGAACAAGAACCAGUCUGGGCUGGUCGGCCUUGCCUUUGGCAACAUCAACACCGUGCAGCCUGCGAAGCAGAAGACCUUCUUCGAGAACGCCAUGAACAACCUCGCGAUGCCUCUUUUCACGGCAAACCUCAAAAAGUCGGCAGCCGGUAACUACAACUUUGGCUUCCUGGAUCCCACCGAGUUCACAGGUGAAAUCAAUUUUGUCCCUGCCAACACGACAGCCGGUUUCUGGCAAUUCACCGCGCAGGGCUUCGCCGUCGGCUCCAACGGCAGCGCGCCGACGUCGGCGCCGCACGAGGCCAUUGCCGACACAGGCACGACGCUGAUGCUUCUUCCCGAUGCUAUCGUGUCGGCGUAUUACCAGCGGAUCGCCAGCGCAAAGUUCGAUUCGACCAACGGCGGCUUCGUGUUCAACUGCGGGGACCAGAUCCCCUCCUUCACGGUCGACCUUGGGACUUACAAGGCCGUUGUCCCCGGGGAAUUUAUGAAGUUUGCGCCGGUGGACGGGGAGACCAUUGAGACGUCGACGACGUGCUUUGGCGGGAUCCAGAGCGCCGCGGCGCUGCCGUUUGCAAUCUACGGGGAUGUGUUUCUCAAGUCACAAUACGUCGUAUUCCACGGGGGGAACAGCCAGCUUGGGUUUGCGAAUAAACCUUUGUGAUAGACGCGGGUCGUU